UGUUGUGUGCUACCAAUGUCCACAAAAAGAUGCUGUCCACAAGGAACAUCCCUCCCUUUAUUGUCAGUUUUUGUGCUGAUUCAUCAAAGAUGGCUUCAAGAGUGUCAACAGUGGCAAAGUGUGCAAAUCCUAUCAGACUACUGACUACAAAUAACUUAUUACCUCCUUCAUCCAGUUUAUGGUUCAGGUCAAAACUGUGUUCAAGGCAUGAAUAUCAGAAAUGUAAACACAAUAUUUCUCUUGUGUCAUCAUCAUCAUGUUUAGUGAAUCAAAGACGUACAAUGGCAGGACAUUCUCAUUGGCAGAAUAUUCGCCGUACAAAAACUGCUACGGAUGCAAAGUUUGGAAAAGAAGUUUCUCGGCUUAAUGGGAUUUUGAAACAAGCUAUACUUGAUGGUGGACCAGAGGAAAAGGGCAACAAAAAGAUGACCGAUGUCAUUGAACAGAUGAAGAAAGCGGGUGUGCCAAAACAAAAUAUCAAGAGCAUGAUUGAUAACAUAUGCAACAAAUCUAUGCAGACUGCAUAUAUCGAGAUUACUGGACCAAGGGGAGCCAUUAUUUUAGUAGAACUUCAAACUGCCAAUGUCAAACAUGAUGAAUUUGAAUUGAGACAUCUGUUGAAGAAAACUCUGGGUAAAGUUUCACAGACUAUGAUGUAUUUGAGCGCUUUUGAACAGAAGGGUGCAGUAUCAGUGCCUGUAACAGAGGACAUGCAGGUGAGCAACAUGGACCCGUACCUUGAAAUUGCUAUUGAAGUUGGAGCGGAAGAUGUGAUCAUCACUAAGGAUGAAAAUAAUGAUCAGAUAAUUAUAAAAUUCCACUGUGAUCCAAAACAUUUGCCCAGGGUUACAUCUGAGGUUCAGGAAACACAUGGACUAAAUGUGACAAACACUGAAGUAGAGUUCACUCCCCUGAGAUAUUGUGUUCUUGAACAUGAAGAAGACUUUAAAGCAGUGGACACUAUUAUACAAAAAGUUGAAAACUACACGGGGGUGGUGAGAGUGAUUGAUAAUAUCACUGUACCCGAGGAAUAGAUCAACAUAUUUCAAUAAGAUGUGCUUUGAGUUGUUUAUGUUUUUGUUAUUGUAUGUCACAUUUUUUAUACUACUAAGGAAAUCUGACACUUUCUAUAUGAACAUACCUAUUUUCAAUUAGUUAAAUUUAUUUAAUUAUACAACGAUUGUGAAACAAGCUAUUGCAACUUAUAUUAAUCACUCUCGUUGGCACGCUGUUGCACGAGAGUGUGGCCUUGUGUUGUGGACACUGGGGGAAACCGAAGUACCAGGAGAAAACCCUCUUGUCCGGCUUGGUUACCACUAACCAAACUCACAUGCGCCCAGGCCGGGAAACGAACCAGGAUCGCCUUGGUGAGAAGCGAGUGCGCUAACCACUGCGCUAACCGGACAACCGGUUUAAUCUUAAAGCAAUUGAGGGCAAAUUAUGUUUUCAUCUUCUAUGGGUAAACCACAUAAUUGUAUUGAUUGUGCAGAACUGUGUUACGCCUCACUUAAAAUUUAACUAGUGAAUAAAGAAGUUUCAAUCAUGA